AUGGCGAAAUACAUGAAUAACCACAGUAGUAAUUCCAAUCAAAUGCAGCGGUUUCUCGACCAAGAAUCCCAGACUGCCCUCGCCACUUGCUACAGUGUGGAGUCGUCGACCGCCAAGGUCCACGGCUUCCACUACUACACUACCCUGGGUGCCGAGUACAAGGGGGAGGCAACGCAUACCAUUCCGGAAGAGUGUGAGAGACUCUUCUGUGACAAACUGUCCAUGAUUUUCCUUGGUGAGGGGAGUUUCGUGCAACAGGAGUCGCUGGGAAUGGGUGCGUUCCGAAACAUUCAGCCAAAUCAAACCGGACAGCAUGGUCGUAUUCAACAAUGGAUCGAAGUAUGGGACUAUUCUGGAGAUGCUAUUUAUCGUGGAUUUGUGGUGGAAAACAACAAGGAGCGGACUUUGUUUGUCUUCUUCGAGGACCCUGCGCUGGACGGCCUUAAAUCCGGCCUAAUCGCACUAUUCGAAUUGGCCGAGAUUGCGACAUUUGGGUGUUCCCAAAUCGUUGCCUGUGUCACUCGCUCCCAGCGCGCCGAUGAAAUGGAGCUUGUCCGAAGCCUCGGUUGGUGUGGGUUUAGUCUCACCACUCUAGAGCCAUGGAUGUCCAACAGUGAUCAAGGCUGCUUAAGCAAUGAAUGGCUUUUCUUGGUCGCUGAAGUCUAG